UGAUGUGGUGUGGCGGCGGCUGGGAGGCUCAGUAUCGUCCCCGGCACCGCUGGCUAGCCGACAUGUCCCGCCGCUCCCGCGAGGACGGCCAGAGGCUGCCCACACACCACAGCCUCUAAAGCGCCUCUUCACGCGCCCACCGGGAUGGGACCGAAUGCAAACAUCAACCACCUAACAUGUUUACUCGGACCGAGAUGGCUCCACAGACAAAAGGACUAUUUCUCCUUUUAUUGUUUUGCGCACUCAGCGGGAGCAGCGGGGACGAUGAGACAGAGUAUUUCGACGUGCUGUCUGUGGUUCGAGAGAGCGACGAGCUGCCUGAAGGGGUCACUCGUGUCCCGGGGCGGUGCCAGUCACCCCUAGAGAACUACUCCGACUACUCCGCCUUCGCCCUGAACGAGAAUGCCACCAUGCACCGCCUGGCCGCUGGAAUGUUCUACAACAGUUUUCCAGAAGACUUUUCAAUAUUGGCUGUAGUUCGACUACCAGGCACUGAACAGAACCCCCUAUUUAUCCUGUACUCGGACGCGGGUGACGAACAACUGCAACUGGUGGUGGGCAACAUGAUAGAACUGUAUUAUGAGGACACCAGGGGAGACCCGGAAGACCAUGAACUCCUCACCUACCGAGUGGAUAUUGCUGAUGGAAAUUGGCAUCGUAUAGCAAUGAGUAUAAAAGGCGAUUCGGCGACACUCCUCGUGGACUGCGACGUGAAAGGAACUUUGAGAUUGAACCGUAAGCCAGGCAGCACUUUCAACCUAGCUGGAGCUCUGGUAGUGGGCUCCCAAAUCACUGAAGAUCAGUUCUACGAGGGUGAUAUCGAGCUCCUUCAAUUUGCCAGCAAGCCAGACGUCGCGUACGACAUGUGUUUAUCCAUCGCCCCAGAUUGUGCUGGAGGUACCGGAGGCGCUGGAUUGGCAUAUGUCUCCAUACCGUCACAACAUAUAGAACCAGAGAUUAACCCCAUAAUCUACCCCGAAUCACAACCUGAUAUGACUGAACAACCUAACUUAGCAACACAAACUGAUGACGACAUUGGAAGAAGAUACGGCAGCUUUAGCAGGAAUAGAUUCUUUGAUAGAAACGAGUCUGAUAGUCUGUGGCCUGUCAGAGUAGAGACCACUCCUACUCCAGCGUGGCAAGUCGCCAGUGCCUUCCAAACGAAUAAUCAGUUCGUGCCGUCUACAGAUUCAGAUAUAAAUAGCAUUUUCGGGCCUACAUUUCCGGAUGAUAACGUCUUUAUACCGGCAUCGCCCACUCCUAUUGACAACGAUAAUUCUGGCACUUUGGAACAGACUACUCCGAGAUCUAAACGAGGGGAGGAUGACGGAGCGGAAGUUACGGCGUCAACCGUCACAGUUACGGAGACUACGUACAGCCCUAUGACGACCACUGAGGACGACACGGAUUGGCUCACUCAUCCCCCGGAUAUUGGCCAAGGAAAUUCAUCGACAAGCUACGAUUCAUCCGAGACAUACUACGAUUACGGCAGUUCUGGCACUUACAUGGGUCCAAGAGGAUACCCUGGGCCACCGGGACCUCAAGGGCCAAGAGGGCCCAAGGGAGAGCCGGGGAAGCCUGGCUUUGAAGGAUCACAAGGGUUCCCGGGUCCCCCGGGAAACGUGUUUGUUAUACCUUUACAUCAAUCGGGAACUGACAAGGGUCCCGAUGCUCAAUCGGAAGCGCUUCGACAAAUGUUCACACAACACAUGGCUGCAAUGCGUGGAGCGGAGGGGCCAAUGGGCCUCACUGGUCCGCCAGGCCCUGAAGGCGAGAUUGGCCCUGAAGGACCGAAAGGCGAACAGGGAGAGCAAGGAGAACCUGGUCCACCAGGCCCCAGAGGACUACAGGGACCUCCUGGAAGAUUAGGACGACGAGGUCACGCAGGCCGAGACGGGGAAAGAGGAUCAACAGGUGCACCCGGGACCAAAGGCGAACAGGGUUAUCCAGGGCUACCUGGUAUGCCGGGUGACAAGGGUGAACGGGGUAACGCGGGCUUGCAAGGAGAAGCAGGAGCGCCUGGUCAAGACGGACCACCGGGUGACGACGGGCCUCCCGGACCAGCGGGCAUUCCUGGAGAAUUGGGACCUAGAGGAUUUAUGGGACCCAGAGGGUUUCCAGGAUUAAUUGGCUACCCAGGUAUUCCUGGUCUUGAAGGCCCUCAUGGCGCAAAGGGUGCAUCUGGUCAGCCGGGGCCACCUGGGCCACCUGGUCAACCCGGCACAAUAGGUUCUCCGGGCUCUUCGGGGCCACAAGGUCCUAUUGGCGCUCCUGGAAUUCAGGGUCCUCAAGGAAAGCCGGGUAUCUCAGGACUUCCUGGUCCUGAAGGAUCGCCAGGUACACCCGGCAACCCAGGACAGCAGGGACCACCUGGAGACGUAGGGCCUCAGGGACCGCAGGGAAUGUUGGGAUUUCCUGGCAGCCGUGGUCUGAAAGGAGAUGAAGGCCCACGCGGAUUACCAGGAGACAAAGGCGAUAAAGGCAUUCGAGGUGUGGAAGGUGAAAAGGGCGAUAUGGGACCAAAAGGAGAAAGAGGAUUAUCCGGCGAACCUGGUCCUCCAGGUAUUGAAGGACCUGAGGGACAAAAGGGUACUGAGGGACCAAGAGGUGAAACUGGUGCUAUAGGUCCCGCCGGAGAAAAGGGAGCUACAGGUCCUCAAGGACCACAAGGUUAUCCGGGCAGCCAAGGUGAAAAGGGUGACAAAGGUGCAUCUGGAAGGAGAGGCAGGCGAGGCACAAAGGGUCUUAUGGGUUUAGUAGGUCAACAAGGUGAUCGAGGUGAAACUGGACCAAGAGGUUACAGAGGCCCACGCGGGCGUAGAGGUUCAGAUGGGCCUCCAGGGCCUAAAGGUGAUACAGGACAACCAGGACCUCCAGGUGCAACUGGAGAAAGAGGACCACAAGGAUUGGAAGGUGUACGUGGAUUCCCGGGCGCGAUGGGUGCUCCUGGACCUGAUGGAAAACCUGGCUUACCUGGACCACCCGGGGAACGAGGUCCUACGGGUGAACCUGGAGCAAUAGGACUGACAGGACCUUCAGGACCAGUUGGGCCACAAGGAUCUACAGGCGAGCCUGGUCCACCAGGCCCACCUGGCGCUUCUGGUAUUCCUGGCACUCCAGGCGACGUUGGCACACCGGGUGAAGUAGGAAAGGACGGGCCACCAGGACCAGCGGGCCCAGAAGGGAAACCAGGACCUGUUGGAUCUCCGGGACCACCAGGGCAUAAUGGGGAACCUGGACUACCGGGUGCAGCUGGGAUUCCUGGAGCUAAAGGCGAUUUAGGCCCGCCUGGCCCGCCAGGUAUCAGAGGGGAUAAAGGAGAGCCCGGUGAAGUUGGCAAUGAAGGACCGCAAGGACCUCAGGGCCGUGAAGGACCACGUGGCUCCCCCGGACCUGGCGGUCAAAAAGGCGAAAUUGGUGAAGCAGGCCCCGUAGGGCCAAUCGGUCGUGACGGCUUGCCUGGACCAAGAGGCUUAAUGGGAGCCCCAGGUCCAGUAGGACCCCCUGGCGAAGAUGGGGACAAAGGAGAAGUUGGACCACCAGGAGAAAAAGGUUUCAAAGGAACUAUGGGUGAACCCGGUCCACCUGGGUCGCCCGGUAUACAAGGUCUUCGUGGAGAAGCCGGCCCGGUAGGCUUACCUGGUGAUAAAGGGCCACCAGGUGACGCAGGAGCUCCCGGGCAGCCUGGUGCUGACGGAGUACGCGGUCCACCAGGGCCUGUGGGUCCGGCUGGACCUCAAGGAACAAAAGGACAACAGGGAUCUAAAGGAGAUACUGGAGAUCCUGGAGCUUUGGGUGCGACUGGACCAGCCGGACCUAGUGGGCCGCCUGGACGUCGUGGACCGAAGGGUGUACAAGGAGAAGCAGGACCGCGGGGAGCCGAGGGACAACAAGGAGAUAUCGGCAGUCCAGGGGCACCCGGACCGCCGGGAGUGCAGGGACCUGAAGGAAAACUGGGACCCAGAGGACCAGUUGGACCUAAAGGUGAUGACGGUCCACCAGGAUUACAAGGAGAAUCUGGACCCAAAGGGCCCCCGGGACCUGAAGGUUCUAAAGGAGACACGGGACCUGCUGGAUUUCCGGGAGAAAGAGGCGAAACAGGUCCACAAGGCAUUAAAGGUGAACCAGGCUCUGAUGGACCUGAAGGCAGUACUGGACCUCCAGGAGCACCGGGUCCAGUUGGACCACCUGGAAAACCGGGCGAGACUGGUAUGCCCGGCAGCCCUGGUUCAGAGGGACCCGCAGGAACUCAAGGCAGCCCUGGUCUUACUGGUGAAAAGGGUGACAUUGGUCCGAAAGGUCUUCCUGGAGAGCCAGGACCGAGUGGACCCGCUGGACCACCAGGGCCAGAAGGACAACGCGGAAUAAGAGGACUGCCUGGUGCUACAGGGGAAGUUGGAGCCCCAGGAAUAAUGGGACCUUCAGGACCACCAGGCAAAGCAGGUCCUCCAGGUGCUCAAGGAAUAAGAGGAGACAAAGGCAACCAGGGACCCAAAGGUCAUAUUGGCAAUACUGGACCAAUGGGAUUGAAAGGUGACCAAGGCGAAGUUGGCAAGCAAGGUCUGCCUGGUCCAAUUGGCCCACCUGGACCUAAAGGAGAAAUGGGACCCAUAGGACCUCCGGGUCCGAAAGGUGACACCGGACCAUCAGGGCCGCCAGGGCCUGAAGGCCAACUCGGACCAAAAGGUUCGACAGGACCAGAAGGAAGACCAGGAUUAACAGGUCCUCCUGGAAGUCCCGGACCUCCCGGUCCACCAGCCCCAGCCCCUCAAAUUCCUCCUGAACUAUUUAUGUCAUACACCAGACGCCGACGUAGUGCAGAAUUGCAAUCUGUGGAAUCUGUAACUGAAGAUAAUUUCGAAGAAGAAGAGGACAUAGAAUGGGUGAAGGAAAUCAUGACGGGUGUGUUGACUGCACGCGGAGCACUCGAGGCUGCAAGGAGGCCUCGAGGCAGCAGAAGCUAUCCUGCAUUGUCUUGUCGAGAUCUCAGGACCUCGCACGUUAAUCUGACUGACGGAUACUACUGGAUAGAUGCGCGUGGAGGGGCAACUAGUGGACGUCCCAUCAAAGUCUACUGCAAGGGCCACAGCACCUGCUUGUACCCAGACGAAAGAGAAUCAGCUAUUUACACUGCUGACACCAACACACACAAAUUCUCGCAAUCGGACAACGGUUUUAGGCUCACAUACGAUGGAGAAGGUUCUGGAUCUAUUCAACUGCGUUUCCUGAGAUUACUUUCAAACGUGGCCAAACAGAACUUCACGUAUUCUUGUGUGAAUACUAAAGCUCAACAAAGAUCUGACAUUCCAACGGAUUUGGCAAGGAAGAACAACGUCAAGCUGUAUGGUUUUAACUCUGUCGAAUUCAGAGAACCCCAAUUGAUAAAAGACGACUGCAAGGAAGGCGUCGGUGAAAUAGUGCUGGAAAUCAAAACAUCUAGAACAGACAGGCUUCCAAUCAGCGACUUCCAGCCUCUUUCGUUUGUUGACGCUGAACACCAGUUUGCAUUCACUGCUGGACCAGUUUGUUUUACAUGACAUUUGAAGCAAAUACCUGCCUGAAACUUUGUGUAAAUAAGGAUAGAUUUAACAUUUUGUACUUAAGAGUGGACCUUUGUAAAUAUUGUAAAUAAAUGUUGUGACGACC